CUUGAUCCCAUUGAGCUAAUUUGUCUCUCCCACUUUCUUCAUUUGGAUCUUCUUCUUCCCUUAGGGUUUGAUUGGUAAAAAAAAUAAUUGGAAGGAAGAAGGAGGUCCAAAGUAUAUAUUCACAUAUAUAUGGCACCUGUUUCAUUGCCUCCAGGUUUCAGGUUCCACCCUACAGAUGAAGAACUUGUUGCUUAUUAUCUAAAUAGGAAGAUUAAUGGCCAUAAGAUUGAAUUGGAGAUCAUAGCUGAAGUUGAUCUCUAUAAGUGUGAACCGUGGGACUUGCCAGGGAAAUCAUUGCUACCAGGGAAUGAUAUGGAGUGGUAUUUCUUUAGCCCUCGUGAUAGGAAGUACCCGAAUGGAUCUAGAACGAAUCGUGCAACCAAAUCUGGAUAUUGGAAGGCAACUGGGAAGGAUCGAAAGGUGAAUUCUCAAGCUCGAGCAGUAGGGGUGAAGAAAACCCUAGUUUACUAUCGAGGAAGAGCACCCCAUGGCUCUCGUACAAAUUGGGUUAUGCAUGAAUAUCGACUUGAUGAGAGGGAAUGUGAAACCACUCCUAGUUUGCAGGAUGCAUAUGCUCUUUGCCGUGUGAUCAAGAAGAGUACAGUGAUUGUGCCAAAAGUUGGAGGACAAUAUGGUAAUAUUACAAGCGACCAAUCACCAAGAGUUGAGCUAUACUCUGAAAGAAGGGGUGAAGAUUUAGAUAGUUCAAAUUAUUUGAUGCAAAUGAAGGAUUGUUCACCACACAAUAUGGUAAAUGAGACUUCUCUCAAUAUCAAUGGUACAUCAAGGGAUCAUGGAAAUUGGUUGCAAUUCUCAUCUCAAGACCCAUUAUUUAGUCUUCCAACUUCUUCUUCAUUUCCUAAUUAUGGAGCCAUAACAUACCCUCCAUCCAAGGUGGAUAUUGCACUAGAGUGUGCAAGGAUGCAACAUAGGUUUGCUAUGCCUCCAUUGGAGGUGGAGGAAUUUCCUCAAGUUGGAAUACCUCACCAGACACAACAAGGAAGCAGAACUAGAAAUGAUAUCAUGCAGGGAAUUCUUUCACUUACUCAUGCUUCUCAGGGAUUGAUGAACCAGUCCAGUUAUUCACAAGCCUUGGAUCACAAUGACAAUUAUGCUCCUUAUGAAGAUGAUUUUACUUUCAUGGUUGGCACUAACUACAAUCACAUAAAUGAUAUGAGCUCCAUGGGAUAUGUUGACAAAACUUGGGAGGAUUUGAACACAAGAUCUAUAGAGAUAGGUGAUUUAGAGGAUCAAGAGUCAAAGGCCAAUAGGGUGGUAGAGAAUUUGAGAUGGAUUGGAAUGCCAAGAGAAGAUUUUGAAAAGAUGGAAGAACAAAAUGUUGUCCCAAUCGAGGAUAUUUCAUGCUACCAAACAUUAAGGGAACACAAUGGCAUGCAAGAAUAUGAGCGGCACAAUAACAACGUUGAACAAAAUGACAAUGAUGUCGAUGAAUUCUCAUGGGGAUUCAUCAAUGAUGGUGACCCCAAUGAUAAUUUUAUAGAAGAUGGUAACAUGGACGGUUACUCAAAUUCUCCAAGCUUUGAGAUCAUUGAGGAAACAAAGGUUAGUCAUAGAAUGUUGGUUUCAACUCAACAAGUAGCCAUGACAUUAUUUCACCAAGUUGUUCCUUCACAAACACUUCAAAUUCAACUCAAUCCAAUGAUGCCAAACAAUCCAAACUCUAAAGAGAAUGUAGAUGCAAUUAUGAUGAUAAUGGAGAAUCAAGGAUCUUUCUUUAGGAAGUUCAAGGCCUAUGUGAUGGGGAAGUGGAACUUAUUCAAUCCAUCAAAGGAAAUAGCAAGUUUGGUUGUAUUUGUAUUUGCACUUCUUGUGAUGCAUCGUGUUUAUUUGGAGGAAGAAGUGGAAAUAUGCAAACCAAACCCAAAAAAUGUGAAAGAGAAAAGAAUGAGAGAAUCACAAGAGAGAGUCAAAUGGAAUGAAUCAAAAGAGGUUUGGUUUGUUGGUGUUAAAUGUGAGAAAGGAUUAAGUGUGGCCUUUAAGGAAAUAGGCAUUUUCCUCACCAUAUUUUUGGCGCUUUGUACCACAUGGGCUAGCCAUGGCUAACCCUUGAUCUUCUAAUUCAUUUAUUUUUGUCUCUAACUUGAGGAGUAGUUUGACAAGACUCUAUUUAAGUAGGGGGCUAAUAUCCAUAGUAUACUUAUUAUAUUUUACUUUGAUAAUUGUUAUUUGAUUAAGACUAAAUUGUGUUCAAUCUUAUUAUAAAAAUGUCUAUCUUUAUUUUUAU